AUGGCGAAUCCACGGCUGCCACCUUGGGCGCCAGACUGGCUCGAGGCUGCCUUCGCAUCGCCACGUGCCGACCACGAUGACGGGGCUGCGCAAUCGCCUCCACAGUCGUCGCGACCCGUGCCGACCAUUCAGCUGUCGCAAACGUCGUCAUCGAGCUCGCUCAGACGUCCGACGUCCUCGGCCGCAAGUCCCGGAGCCGGCGCAGGAGACACUGAGCGAUUCAGCGCUACCAACCCGCAUGAUUCGAGCCGUGUCGACAUCGUUGAUGGCUCGAGCUUACGAGAACCAAGCCGGGAUGCGUCGACCUUGGACGACAGCGCCAAUACCGAGAGCACAUAUGUCACGAACCAGCCAAACGUGACGAAGACGGAAAAGAAUGUCAUUGUCACGCCGAGGCCAGACCGUGUCGUCAAUCGGAGGCUGAGAGGGAUCCAUUUGUCGAUGAUUGCGGUCAAUGCGACCCUCGGCACCGGCCUAUACUGGCGAGGCGGCCAGAUUCUCGAACUCGGCGGGCCGCUCAGCGUGCUGCUGUCUUUUCUGCUGCCCGGUAUGCUGGCAUGGGCCGUCAUGCAAUGCAUCACGGAGCUGCUGUGCAUAUGGCCCAUUCCCGGAGCAAUGCAGCUGUACGUCAGCGAGUUUGUGGAUGUUGAGCUGGGCAUCGCCGUUGGCGUGGCAUACUGGUUUACGUACUCUGUCUCCUUCUCCGCCCUGGUCGCCACUUCGGCCGCCGAAAUACACUACUGGAUCAACGGCAACAAGGCAUUUGACGGAGGCGUCGUGUACUUUCUAAUCCCGCUAAUUCUAAUUUGCGUAAACAGCCUUCGUGUGGAUAUAUACGGCUGGUUCGAAGUGGUCAGCAGCAGCAUCAAGCUGUUCUUCCUGCUGGUCAUUAUAUGCACCAUGGUCGCCAUCAACGUGGGCGCUGGGAAUUCGACAAACGAGCCGCAUGGCACAAAAUACUGGCUCAAGCCGACGGAUAUGUCUUUAUCCAUCUCAACGUUCGCAUACGUGGGCGUCGAAGUCGUCGCUGCAUCUGCCCUGGAGGCGCGCUGGCCCAAGAACGAAAGGCACAACACGGAUAUGUCCGACCGGUCUGCAGAUCACCUGCUCAUCGGGCAAACCGUCAAGUUCUCAGCCGUCUAUAUACCCGUCCUCGCCACAAUCGCGUAUAUUCUCGCCGGCGUGCUGGCAAGCUUCAACAUCCGUCGCGACGACUGCCGCCUCCCGCGCCUCAGCUGGGCCGACAGCUCCCACUCACAGCAGUGCACCCUGAACCCGCGCGCCAGCCCAGCCUCGUCCUCAGACGUCGGCAAGACAAGCUCCGCGUUCGUCGCCAUCGCCGAAGAGUCCCGCAUCCCGUCGCUCAACGACGUCUUCAACGUGUUUCUCGUCUUCACCGCGCUGACGUGCGCGUGCACCAACCUUUACGUCGCGUCGAGGUCCCUGUUCGGCCUCACGACCCGCCUCGACGGGUCCGACGACCAGCCCCUUUUCCUGCGCGCGCUGGCCUGGUUCGGCAAGACGGACCGGAGAAAGGUGCCCAUGCGCGCCAUGAUCUUUUCCGCGCUGGCGUUCUGCUGGGUCCCGUUCCUGCAGCUGCACGAGGACUCGAGCAACAUCUCCAUGGCAAGUUUUAUCGAAAUACUGACGACCAUGGGGUCCGACGGGGUCAUCAUCGUGUGGGCCUGCGAGUGCUGGGCUUUUAUCCGAUAUUACCAUUGCAUAAAGAGGCAUCGUGCGACGCUCGAGAUGCAGAAGGUCUCACAGGUUCGGCGCUGGGACCAAGACGACUCCAACGAUUACCCGUACCGCAGCCACAUGCAGCCCGCGCUGGCGUACAUGGCGCUGGCGGGCUGCAUCUUCAUCUUGGUGGUAUCGAACAGCGCAUUGCUGUGGAACGGCUUUCAUGCGACGCCAUUCCUCUCCACCUUCCUCCUGCAAUUCGUCUUUCUGGCGCUCUGGGCGACGCUCAAGCUGGUCCGUGGAGCAAAGUGGACAUGGGUUGACUUGGGCAACGUGGAUCGGGUCGUCAGCAAGAUCCGCAACUUGCACGACAUUCGCCUCGGGGCUAGCUAG